UGUACAUAGUAUUUAUAUGAUACGAGUUUUCUCCGAAUAUUCUCUGUUCAUCUGGUAUACUUUGAGAGAUUGACCAAAUCGCUGCAACAACCGCGAUAACUUCUGACAAGGCUCACCAAGGCCUAAGCCAGGAACCACAGUGGAGACACACAGUGGAGACAACACAUACAACGAUAAUCCUUCAUCAACCUCGAAAACAACCUCCCCUCGCCGCCAGCAUCCCUCCUCCGCUCGCCCUGGUACCAGCGAGAGAGCGCAUGUAGCCAUCGCCACGUCGUCUCACCGAAAACCCAUGGCACCCCUCCCCCACCACAGCGUCGCGCAGAAACACCACCUCUCCUUCCACUCCCUCGUCUCAAUGACAACCCUCAUGGCUCCGACGCACCACCACACGGCGCCCUCGCCGCCUACGGUCCCUUACCUCUCGCAUCCCGUGCAAGCGCACUUGAGGAAGAUCUACACUUCGCUGUGCGGGGAGUCGCAGUUCGUGUCGCGCGAGGCGCUGGUGGCUUUCCUGAAGGAUGUGCAGGGGCAGGAUAUUCCGCUCAGCGAGGAUGUCGCGGAGUAUACGUUUGCGGACUGGCUGGCGCUGCUGUGGAUGAGGGGUGGGUUUGAGGGCGUGGGCGCGCUGGCGGGGAAUAAGGAUUUGGGGAAGCCGAUCAGCAGUUAUUAUAUCAGCAGCAGCCAUAAUACGUAUCUGAGCGGGAACCAGCUUAUGAGCAAGAGUACGACAGAUGCUUAUAAAAAUGUCCUCAUCCGCGGCUGUCGAUGCAUCGAAAUCGAUGUCCACAACGGCGAACCUGUGUCCGUUUCCUCCCGCAUCCCUCAUAUCACCGGCACCACCCCGUCUGACCUCGCCGUAUCUGCCAUACAGGCGAAGAAAAAGUACAAGCGCAUGUAUAAAGCUGAGUACAAAGCGAAGCUCGGUUCCUUGAAGGGCAAGAUUCCCUGGGGUCGGAGCGAUGACAAAAAAGAGCACGCGGCCGCAGAUGAGAAGUCGGGAUUGGGACAUAGGCUGGGGCACAAGAAGACGGCGAGCAAUGUGCCGAGUAUCAGUCGUGAGAAGACGAGCGACGCCGACAGCAGCAGCAGCAGCAGCGACGACGAUUCCGAUUUAGAUGAUGAGUCUGGAGAGAAGGACUCGAGGGGGCGCUCGAGUUCGAUCUUAAAGGGAGAGCCGGUUGUGUUGCAUGCCUGGACGUUAACGCGCGCUGUCGGCUUUCGCGAAGUGUGCCGCGCCGUGCGCGAGAGUGCGUUUCAGACGUCGAACCUGCCGCUCAUUGUUAGCUUGCAAGUGGGCUGCGAUGUGGAUCAGCAGGAGGUGAUGGUGCAGAUCAUGAAAGAGGAGUGGGCGGGCGUUCUUGUCGACACCGCGCACCCGACCUGUCACCCCGAGGAACGCCUGCCGCGUCUCGAUGAGCUCCUGAAUAAGAUCCUCAUCAAGGUUAAGAGAAGUGCUGAGGUCGCACCAACCGAGACUCCGAGCCCCGAUGUUAGCAUGACUGCCAGCAGCAACCCCAUCACGCCUUUGACAACAAGCUUGACAACAAGCACGACUGCAAGCACGACUGCAAGCACGACGCUCUCUCCGCGCCCCUCCACACUCACCCCCACCACCACUAUCUCUACACCCCUAACUCCGACCACCUCCCACGACGCUCUCGACGCCCUAUCAGUAUCCUCACGUUCCCGUUCCCCAUCCCUCUCCCAUUCUCCCUCCCGCUCCCCCGCCCCAAAGAACAAGGCGCGGAUCCAUCCCUCCCUCUCCGCGCUAGGAAUCUACACACACAGCUCUCACUUCUCAUCCCUCACCGCCCCCUCCGCCUCGAUCCCAUCACACAUCUACUCCCUCUCCGAAGGCGACAUCCUCGAGCUCUUCGCCGCCUCGCCCAACGCCCUCCUAGCCCACAACCGCAACUACAUGAUGCGCGCCUACCCCGCCGGCCACCGCAUCGACUCCUCUAACCCCGAUCCCUCCGGCUUCUGGCGCAAGGGCAUCCAAAUGGCCGCCCUAAACUGGCAAGUCUGGGACCACGGCACCAUGCUCAACGAAGCCAUGUUCGACGGCUCGGACGGGUGGGUGCUAAAGCCGCCUGGGAUGCGGGAGGGUGCCGAGGUCGCAGAGCUCGAUGCGCAUAAGGUGGAGGGGAAGCUAAUGGACCUGCGGAUUCGCAUUUUUGCGGCACAGCGCAUCCUAGGGGAGGAGGAGCUGCGCGCGCGCGUCAAGGUCGAGGUACAUGCGGAGAGGGCGGGGGAGAAGGCGGGCGAGGAGUGGAAGAGGCAUACGGAGACGAAGCGGGGGGCGAGCGUGGAUUGGGAGGGGGAGCGGCUUGAUUUCCUCGGGGCGGGGCCGGGGGUGGUGGAAGAGCUGAGUUUUGUCAGGUUCCGUAUUGAGGAUGACGGCUUCACGGAUACGUUGGCGGCGUGGGCGUGUGUGCGGCUUGAUCGACUCCAGAAUGGGUACCGGUUUUUGAAGCUGCGGGACGCGAAGGGGGCGGCGACGGAUGGACUGCUGUUUAUUAGCGUGGAGAAGGUAGAGCGCUGA